UCUGUUUUUAAAUAGAAGAAGAAUUUGUUAAAUUUUAUUUUUAUAACUUUAAUGCAAAAAAGUGUUAAUUUAUUGAAAAUGUCAUUGAAAUUUAUCGAUAUUGGAGCUAAUUUAACGGAUCCCAUGUUUCGUGGACUUUAUGGUGGCUCCCAGAAACAUCAAGAUGAUUUGGAGUUGGUAUUAAACAGGUCUUGGUUACAAGGACUACAGAAAAUGAUUAUAACUGUGGGCACUUUAAAUGAAGCUGACGAAGCUUUAACCAUGGCUGCAAAAGAUGAACGUUUAUUUGUGACUAUGGGCUGUCAUCCAACUAGAUGUGGUGAAUUUGUAAAUAAUCCCGAUCAAUAUUACGAAGGACUUCGAACAAAAAUUUCCACUAAUCUCAAUAAAGUUGUUGCCAUUGGAGAAUGUGGUUUGGAUUAUGAUCGUUUACAUUUUUGUGAAAAGGAUACACAAAAACUGUACUUUGAAAAACAAUUACAACUGGCAGAGGAAUUUAAAUUGCCUCUAUUUUUACAUUGUCGUAAUUCGCACGAAGACUUUAUGGAAAUUCUUACACGAAAUCGCUCAAAAUUAGAUGCCUGUGGCGGCGGUGUUGUACACAGUUUUACAGGAACUUUAGAAGAGGCUAAACAAGUAAUUGAUUUUCAUCCGAAUUUAUAUAUCGGACUUAAUGGCUGCUCUCUGAAGACCGAAGAUAAUCUUAAUGUUGUUUCAAAAAUACCAAAUGAUCGUAUAAUGCUAGAAACGGAUUGUCCCUGGUGUGGCAUACGUCCAUCUCAUGGUGGCAGUAAGUUAGUUCAAACUAAAUUUCCCACCGUUAAGAAGAAGGAUAAAUGGACUGCUGAGAGUCUGAUAGACGGGCGUUGUGAGCCUUGUCAAAUAAUACAAGUUUUAGAAGUUAUAGCUGGAGUUAAGGAUCAGCCUUGUGAUAAAUUAGCCGACAUAUUCUAUGAAAAUACAGUAAAAUUAUUCUUUAGUAAAACGAAAUAAAAAAUAAACUAUCAAAUAAACAAUUGAUCAAUUUCACGGUAAA